AAUUAAAAGAAAAAAAAAAUUAAAAAAUUAAAAAAAAAAAAAACCCGACCGACUUCAGACGGUCCAACGAUCCUAAUGAGAAUAAUCCCAACGACGGCGACAAAUAAUAAUAAUAACAGAAAUAAAGUCAACCCCGAGAGCCGGGGAAAGUAGUGUGUGCGCGCUGGGACGGCGGCGUUGGGGGAGGGAGGAGGAGAGGAGGAGGAGGAGGAGGAGGAGGAGGUUGGGGGUAAACAAUAAGUAGUGGACUGUACUGGAAGUUACCUGCCCUGCAGCCGCCGCCGCCGCAGCAGCAGCAGCAAGAGAAGCAGGAGAAGAAGAAGGGUUUCUUUCUGUUGCAGACAUCUGCAGACUGGUGCUUUUUGGAAGAGUUUUUUUUUUCCCUCCCUCUCUCCUCUCUCUCUCUCUUUUUUUUUUCAAACCGCAAACGGAUGUGAAGCAAGGAAGGUGUUUCUUCUACUCCUAAACUCAGACACCUCUCUCUGUUCCUUCCAAGCCUAUUUUGCUCAGCGCUUUUUUUUUUUUUUUAAAAAAAGAAUAAUAAUAGAAGGAAAGGAGUUGCUUGAUGUUUGAGUGAAAUGGACGUGAGGUUUUAUCCACCGCCCCAGCCCGCCGCCGCUCCCGAUACUCCCUGUUUGGGACCUUCUCCCUGCCUGGAUCCCUACUAUUGCAACAAGUUUGACGGCGAGAACAUGUAUAUGAGCAUGACAGAGCCGAGCCAGGACUAUGUGCCAGCAAGCCAGUCUUACCCUGGCCCAAGUCUGGAAAGUGAAGACUUUAACAUUCCUCCGAUUACACCCCCUUCGCUCCCCGAUCACUCACUGGUGCACUUGAAUGAGGUCGAGUCCGGUUACCACUCUCUGUGUCACCCGAUGAAUCAUAAUGGUCUGCUUCCAUUUCAUCCCCAAAACAUGGACCUACCAGAAAUCACGGUAUCCAACAUGCUGGGCCAGGAUGGAACGCUGCUUUCAAACUCCCUCUCGGUGAUGCAAGAUAUACGGAGUACAGAAGGAGCCCAAUAUAGUCCCCAUCCUCAGAUGGCAGCCAUGAGACCAAGGGUUCAGCCUGCAGAUAUUAGGCAGCCAGGAAUGAUGCAGCAUGGUCAGCUGACGACCAUUAACCAGUCCCAACUCAGUGCUCAGCUUGGUUUGAAUAUGGGUGGAAACAAUGUUCCCCAUAACUCUCCAUCUCCACCUGGAAGCAAGUCUGCGACUCCUUCACCAUCCAGUUCAGUCCAUGAAGAUGAAGGGGAUGAUACCUCUAAGAUAAAUGGAGGAGAGAAAAGGCCUGCCUCUGACUUGGGCAAGAAACCAAAAACUCCCAAAAAGAAGAAGAAGAAGGAUCCAAAUGAACCCCAGAAGCCUGUCUCUGCCUAUGCGUUAUUCUUCCGAGACACACAGGCAGCCAUCAAAGGCCAAAACCCAAAUGCUACCUUUGGUGAAGUCUCUAAAAUUGUAGCUUCAAUGUGGGACGGUUUGGGAGAGGAACAAAAACAGGUCUACAAAAAGAAAACUGAAGCAGCAAAGAAGGAGUACCUGAAGCAGCUAGCUGCUUACAGAGCAAGCCUCGUCUCCAAGAGCUACAGUGAACCAGUGGACGUUAAGGCAUCUCAGCCCCCUCAGCUGAUCAAUUCCAAACAGUCAGUGUUCCACGCGCCCGCCCAAGCUCACUCGGCACUCUAUCUUAAUUCCCACUACCAUCAACAAACAGGGAUUAAUCCUCACAUCACUGCCAUGCACCCCAGUCUCCCCAGGAAUAUAGCCCCCAAGCCCAACAACCAAAUGCCAGUGACUGUUUCUAUAGCCAACAUGGCUGUGUCUCCUCCUCCUCCUCCCCUUCAAAUCAGCCCGCCUCUUCACCAACACCUCAACAUACAGCAACACCAGCCAAUUACAAUGCAGCAGCCAAUUGGAAACCAACUACCGAUGCCGGUCCAGUCUGCCUUACAUUCACCAACAAUGCAGCAAGGAUUUACUCUCCAGCCUGACUAUCAGACGAUUAUCAACCCCACAUCUACGGCUGCACAAGUUGUUACCCAAGCAAUGGAGUUCGUGCGCUCAGGGUGCAGAAAUCCUCCAGCACAGACUGUGGACUGGAAUCACGACUACUGUAGUAAUGGGGGCAUGCAGAGAGACAAAGCAUUGUACCUUACCUGAAAAUUGGAAAAACCUCUUCUUUCCACUGAGGAAUGCAGGGAAGUCGUUUCAUCAUGGAUUGCUUUGUGCCACCAAGGCAGUUCUGCAUUUUAUUAGAAAAUACAAGUUGCUAAGCACUUAGGACUAUUUGAGCUUGUGGGUCACCCACUCUGGAAAAAGAUAGUCAUGCUUCUUUCUUUAUUGUUUGAUUUUUUUUUCCUGAAAUCCUUUACGGACAUUGUUUUUUCUUCUUCCCUGAAGGAAACUUGGACCAUUCAGAUUUUAUGUUGGUUUUUUUUUUUUUUUUUGCUGUGAAGUGCUGCGCUAGUAACUGCCUUAGCAACUGUAGAUGUCUUGGAUAAAAGUCCUGGAUUUUCCAUUGGUUUUCAUAAUGGGUGUUUAUAUGAAACUACUAAAGACUUUUUAAAUGGCUUGAUGUAGCAGUCAUAGCAAGUUUGUAAAUAGCCUCUAUGUUACACUCUCCUAGAGUAUAAAAAUGUGAAUGUUUUUGUAGCUAAAUUGUAAUUGGAAACUGGCUCACACCAGUUUAUUGAUUUCACGACAGGGGUUAAAUUGGCAAACAUUCAUAUUUUUACUUCAUUUUUAAAACAACUGGCUAAUAGUUCUAUAUUUUCAAAGUAUUUGGAAAAAAAGAUGUUCCCAAAUGAUUUUGAUUUUAAAACAAAUUGGCUUUGUCUCAUUGGGCAGACCAAAAUAGUGUUGGGGGAAGUGCAAACACAUUUAUUUUGUACUGCAGAGGAAAAAAAAAAUGCUUUCUUUUGUAUCACUUUUUGUGUAAUGGUUAGUAAAUGUCAUUUAAGUCCUUUUAUGUAUAAAACUGCCAAAUGCUUACCUGGUAUUUUAUUAGAUGCAGAAACAGAUUGGAAACAGCUAAAUUAUAACCUUUACAUAUGGCUCUGUAUUAUUGUUUCUUCAUACUGUGUCUGUAUUUAAUCUUUUUUAUGGAACCUGUUGGGCCUAUUUAUGAAAUAAUAAAUAUAGGUGUUUGUAAGUAAAUUUGUUAGCAUUUUAAAGAGGGUUUCUUUGAUGUUUUAACUUUUGCUGGCAAAAAAAAAAAUAUUCACACCUGGUGUGAAUACUUUAUGAUUUAGUUUUUACAGUGACAUGAAUAAAGCCAAACCUGCUUUUCAUUUAGCAGCCAAUGAAAGUAACCCAUCUUAUUUCUGCAUUUCUUCAGUUGAUUCUAAAGGAAAAGAGCUUCCCCUCUCAUUACAGUGUAACAGGGAAUUACCCUCAACUAACACACGGGCAGGAAUCGAACCAACAGAAACAAAAGGUCCCUCAUCUGUAGAGAGUUGCUUCAUGGAUCUCAGUCGGUUUUAGCCAAUAAGGUAAAUUUUUUUUUUUUUGAAAGAGUCUGACAAGGCUACAGUUUCUCCAGCUGCCUUCAGUAGAAAUCCAGAUGGCAUAGAACAACUGAGUGACAUAGGAGGGAGUGAAGGAGGAAAUGGAACUGUUUAGAUGCACCCUCCAUUAAAAGAUAAUUAGACAGUGGGGGGAAAAGACUGAAAACAGACCCCCAAAUGGGGUAACUCCACCAUGCUGGCCUUUGCUCUCCCCCUGUACCUCCUCUCACUUCCUUUACUCUUCACUUGUGAGCCCCUUGGGGGCUGGGAACUGUGUCUAUAUCUCAUCUGUGCACUUCUUUCCCAGCGCUCAGCCCAGUGCAUUGCACACAGUAGGCACUUAGUAAAUACUAUUACUACUAGAGCAUCCUCCUCCCCUCCCCUCUCUCCCCUCGGGAUGUCCUGUGGCCUUUGGAAAGAUGUUCCGCAUCUGGGCGAGGAGGCGGUGAGACUCCGUUGAAGGUUUGAGUGGCUUUGAGAUCAAGUGAGCUAGCAAAGCCAGCCCCUUUCAGGGGAUUGUAUCCAGGAAGCUAUUCUAGUGGGUAAUUAAUCAAGGGCAUGGAUGAUGUCUCUCUCAUGCGUGUGAAAUAAAGUUAACGAUUUAACUAAAUACCAAUAUAUGCUUUGUGUAAUCCAGUCAGAAUUCAAAAGACAAAAAGGUAUGCUUGCUUUGGAAUGAUUUUAGGCAUUGUACAACCUUGAAUCACUUGAGCAUGUAAUAACUAAUAAAUAAUGCAGAUCCGAUGUGAUUAUUAAAAUGACUGUAGCUGAGAGCUCUAAUUUUCCUGUCUUGAAACUGUAUAAGAACUCAUGUGAUUAAGUUCACAGCUUAUUGUUUGUCUGUUUAGUAUUUUAGUAAUAUACCAGCACUACUAAUUACCUAAUGUCUUUUAUUUAUUAUAUUAUGAUAAAGUAAAAUUUUCACUCGCAUUAAUUCCAAAAUUAGAAAGUAAUUACUGGGAGCAGAACACUCUGUUCUGACUGUGACAGGCAGUUUUUACAGGAAAGCACUAUGUUUACAUCUUUUCUAGAGCAGGUGUACAGCCAGAGGAGAAAAAAAAUAUGUUAAAAUUCAGUAUCUGAGCAACAUACCAAAUACAGUUAAAACAAAUGUAAAUAAAAGAAAAUACAUCGUGAAUAAAAGUAUGUAUCCUGUGUGAACCUA